GCCCAGCCUGUGCACAGAAUAGCCUGGGAACAGCUCCAUCUCCACCCCUCGAAUAUAAAUAGGGCCUCGGUAGACCAGCCAGGGAAGAGGCUGCUUUGUCCUGUGGACCACAGUGGAAGGGUAUGAAGGAGCGAGUGCCCUGGUCAGAAAUGGCUUCUGCUGGCAUAGCCGUGAGGGCCAUUGUCCUCUGCCUUGUGGCCUGGGCUGGCCUGGCUGCUGGAGACCGUGUGUAUAUACAUCCCUUCCAUCUCCUUGUCUACACCAAGAGCAGCUGUGAGCAGCUGGGGAAAUCUAAUGCAGAGACACUCAAAGAACCAACCUUCACACCCACCCCAAUUCAGACCAACACAGCACCGGUGGAUGAGGAGACCUUGCACCAUCAGCUGGUGCUGACUGUGGAGAAGCUGGAGGCUGAGGACAAGCAGAGGGCUGCAAUGAUUGGGAUGCUGGCUAACUUCCUGGGCUUCCGCAUGUACAAGGCACUGAGCGACACAUGCAACACCGCUGGCGGGGCUGGCGUGCUCUCCCCAAUGGCUCUCUUUGGCACCCUGGCCUCUUUCUAUCUGGGAGCCAUGGAUCCCACAGCCCACAGGCUCCAGGCACUCCUGGGUGUCCCUGGGGAGGACCAGGACUGCACCUCCCGCCUGGAUGGGCACAAGGUCCUCUCUGCCCUGCAGGCAGUCCAGGGCUUGCUGGUGGCCCAGGGUGGGGCUGACGGCCAGGCCCAGCUGCUGCUGUCCACAGUAGUGGGCCUGUUCACUGACCUGAGCCUGAGUCUGAAGCAGACAUUCGUUCAGGGCCUGGAGCUCUUCACCCCCAUUGUCCUCCCUCGCUCUGUAGACCUCUCCUCGGACCCAGAUCUUGCUGCUGCAGAAAUAGAUAGGUUCAUGCAGGCUGUGACAGGGUGGAAGAUGAGCAGCCUGGCGGGAGUCCAAGCAGAUAGCACCCUGCUCUUCAACACCUAUGUCCACUUCCAAGGGAAAGUGAAAGGCUUCUCCCUGCUGGCUGGACAUCAGGAGUUCUGGGUGAACAAUAGCACCUCAGUGUCUGUCCCCAUGCUCUCGGGCAUGGGCACAUUCCAGCACUGGAGUGACACCCAGAACAACUUCUCGGUGACUGGAGUGCCCUUGGGUGAGAGCGCCUGCCUGCUGCUGGUCCGGCCCUGCUCUGCAUCCGACCUGGAUAAGGUGGAGGCCCUCGCCUUCCAGCAUGACUUCUCCAGCUGGAUGAAGAACCUGUCUCCCCGGGUUAUCCGCCUGACCAUGCCCAAGCUGCAGCUACAAGGAUCCCACGACCUGCAGGACCUGCUCUCCCAGGCCAAGCUGCCCACCCUGCUGGGCACCAAGGCGACCCUGGGCAAAAUCAGUGACGCCAACCUCAGAGUGGGGAAGGUGAUGAACAGCAUUCUUUUCGAACUCAAAGCCGAUGAUGGAGACCAGCCCACAGAGUCUGCCCAGCAGCCCAAUGGGCCUGAGGUCUUGGAACUGACCCUGAGCAGCCCGUUCCUGUUUGCUGUGUACGAGCGCGACUCCAGAGCCAUUCACUUCUUGGGCCGUGUGGCCAACCCGCUGAGCAUGGCAUGAGGCCAGGGCUCCAGAGGAAGGGCCCUGCAGGGCCUCUGGCCUUGGCCCUCAGGAUGAAGGCCAGCAGCACACAGCAAUCCUGGGCAAAAUAAGGGAUUUGUCCAGUCCCUACCUUUUCUUCUGACGCGUCAACUCUAAGUUGGAAAGCAGCUUCUGUCUUUGGCAAAGUGGUGCCAUGCAGAGUGAACAGGAGAAGUCUGACCUCACACACAGGCCUCCCAGGUUGCUGGGUAUAUUUUGGAGGCUGGGGGUGGGGAACCAGGAGCUGAAGUUUAGCACAGGACUAUUUUCCCAGAAAGAAUUUAGACAGACCAACUAGUUUGUGGAACCAAAAACUGUUCCUUUUUUAGGUGAGAAGAGAAAUUGACUUUUCAAAUUAAAAUAUGCCUUUUUUCAUUGCCUUGGUUUAUAUUUAGCUUAACGAGUGUGAGACUAUGACCUUCCUGCAGUUACCACACUAGUUUAGAUAUUUGUGAAUUUUGAACAACAAAUUACAAAAAACACAAAUGUCUGGAUUUGUUAGAAUGUGAAACCAUGGCCAGUUGGCCCGCACUUGUGUUAGUAAUAAAUGUCUUGAACAAUAAACAAACAAAAAAAAUUAUCUUUCAUUUAGCAGCAGAAGAGACACAGGCAUUUGAGCUAACAGGCUGUGCAAAGAGAAGCCAGGACCGGGGGUGGAGUUUCCAAUGCAGGCCUGGGCUGGCACUUAGUAUCUGGAGAAGUUUUAGGGAAUGGGUUUCUUUGGACAUAUCCAUUUGUAAGCAGUGGUGGCCAUCUGUGUGAUGGCUGGGCGACAGGGAGCAGGAGAGGGCAGGGACCUGGACAGAUGGGCAUUUCCCCCCACCCCAGUGACGCAGGGUCAGAUGGCUGCUCGUCCUGUGCCUGUAGAAUGGAAGGCAGAGAAAUAAAUCUUCAUGAAUAAAUAUUAGCAAGUUCCUUUC